UCUCUCUCUCUCUCUCUCUCUCUCACUUCGCAAACACCUCAUACCGAUACGAUACUAUAAUAGAAGACCAGUGAGCAGAAGCAGAGAAGCGAAACAAUGAAGUUCCUAGCCGUCGUCGCACCCCUCCUCCUCAGCGCCUCGGCGUUGGCGAUCUGGGGUGACAAGCAGCAGCAGUCGUCUCUCAUCCUCGAGGAGGGCGAUAAGAAGAUCCCGGGUGUGUCGCCGUUGGAGCAUUGUUCUGCGGAUUUUGGGGGGGAUAUUCUGACGCUGGAGCAUGUUAAUUUGAAUCCGAAUCCGCCUUUGGCCGGCAAAACCCUAACCAUCGAAGCCAUCGGCACCUUCAAAGAAGACAUCGGCAAAGGCGCCUACGUCGUCCUGCAAGUCAAAUACGGCCUCAUCAAGCUCCUCAGCACCACAGCCGAUCUGUGCGAGCAGAUCAAGGAGGUCGAUAUGGAGUGUCCCAUCAAGGCUGGGGAGACCAAGAUUACCAAGGAGGUUGAUUUGCCGGCGCAGAUUCCACCGGGAAAAUACACAGUCACAGCAGAUGUCUUCACCGAGGAUGACAGGCAGAUUACCUGUCUCUCCGCUACCGUGCAAUUCAAGGGUUCUUUCGGUGCUUUUGAGCUGGUAUAAAUCCCCUCACAGGGAGUUUCUAGGAUUUGGAGCACACAAGCGGGCGACACGACGACGACGAUGAUGGAUGGACUUCUUUUCACACACGAUACAGACACAGACAGAUAGAGAGACUCUGGGAUUUUUGGUGUUUGCGGCGCGACUGUUGGUUUGUUGGCAUAGGUAGCGUUUUUGGCAUGAUUUGAUUAGGACAAUGGCAUUUUGCAUUGAUGCGU